AAUCAUUCCAUUAAGGAAAAAAAUAUAUAGAAAUAAUGAAUUUGUCUACAAAAUAGUCAUGAGGCUAGGUUUUCUUUGUUAUUAGCCAAAGAAACCUCCAAUGCUUUCAACUUCUGUCGGGUCUUGUGCUCUACCUCCAAUUGGUGCAAUGGUUGGGGUUUCGGCAAUGCUUUCGGUCGAGGGAGCCCCCUCCGGGGUUUCGGCAAUGCUUCCGGCCGAGGGAGCCCCCUCCGGGGUUUCGGCAAUGCUUCCGGCCGAGGGAGCCCCCUCCGGGGUUUCGGCAAUGCUUCCGGUCGAGGGAGCCCCCUCCGGGGUUUCGGCAAUGCUUCCGGUCGAGGGAGCCCCCUCCGGGGUUUCGGCAAUGCUUCCGACCGACGGAGCCCCCUCCGGGGUUUCAGCAACGCUUCCGACCGACGGAGCCCCCUCCGAAGUUUCAGCAACGCUUCCGACCGACGGAGCCCCCUCCGGAGUUUCAGCAACGCUUCCAACCGACGGAGCCCCCUCCGGAGUUUCAGCAACGCUUUCGCCCGAGGUAUCCCCCUCCGGGGUUUCAGCAACGCUUCCGACCGACGGAGCCUCCUCCGGGGUUUCAGCAACGCUUCCGACGGAUGUAUCCUCCUCUGGGGUUUCAGGAAUGCUUCCAACCGAUGUAUCCUCCUCUGGGGUUUCAGGAACGCUUCCGACCGAUGUAGCCCCUUCUGGGGCUUCAGCAAUGCUUCCGACCGAUGCAGCCGCUGAGACUUGUGUGCUACUUCCAAUUGGUGCAAUCAUCGGGGCUUGUGUGUCAUGUGAUCCAAAUGCACGAAAUGAAAAUUGGCCGUCGAGAUUUACGUCACCAGUGACAUCACCAAAAGUGGCACCCACCUUCGUACAACAUUGCAAAGCAAUCAAUAAGAAAAGGGUGUGAAAGAGCUUGAAACCUUUCGCCAUGGUCAUGGUGAAAUGUCUUCAAAUUGUAGGGUUACAAGCUCGUUUCACAAAUGAUGAAGAGU